AUGAGCACUGAAACUGAAUGUUUUUGCUGUCACGAACUGGAAUCAAGACAUAUAUAUAACCUACAAGAAAUAAACUGUAUAGUCAAUCACGAAGAUUUUGACCCGAUUGUUUUAAGGAAAGGAAAUCUCUGGACUGCUUUGGUUGGAAUGUAUGAUAGAGAAUCGACAUAUCUUCCUCCAAGAAAUGACGUUCCCAAUAAAACAUAUUGCUAUGCUGCUUACCGACAGUUCACGUGGUGGGUUCACAACAGACUUGGCAAAUCUGUGCUAAGGGUCAUCCCGUCAUGUGCAGUGAAAAAAAUUCGUGAUGCUUAUCCAGAGCCUGAUGAGAGGGUCUUUCGGCAGGGAUAA